AUGGCGGCACCCAUCACCACGGUGUCGGACAGCCGCGAGGUUCGAGGCCUCAAUCUCAUUGCUGCGCAUUCCCACAUUCGUGGACUGGGGGUCGACCUAGCAACCCUUGAGCCUCGAGGCUCUUCCCAGGGACUGAUCGGGCAAGAGAAGGCACGAAAAGCGGCCGCGGUCAUUCUGCAGAUGGUCAAGGAGGGCAAGAUUGCAGGGAGAGCCGUCCUGGUCGCCGGGCCUCCCAGUACAGGGAAAACGGCCAUCGCGAUGGCAAUGGCACAGUCUUUGGGCCCUGAUGUACCUUUCACGAUGCUUGCAUCUUCAGAGAUUUUUUCACUCGAAAUGUCCAAAACAGAGGCACUGACACAAGCCUUCCGAAAAUCCAUUGGUGUCAGAAUCAAGGAAGAAAGUGAGAUCAUUGAAGGCGAGGUGGUGGAAAUACAGAUUGACCGGAGUGUCUCAGGGGGGAACAAACAAGGGAAACUUACGAUCAAAACGACCGACAUGGAAACCGUCUACGAUAUGGGAGCCAAGAUGAUCGAUUCAAUGACCAAAGAAAGAGUCAUGGCCGGAGAUGUAAUAUCGAUUGAUAAGUCUUCGGGCAAAAUCACCAAAUUGGGGAGAUCGUACACCAGAUCAAGAGACUACGAUGCCAUGGGCGCCGACACGAAAUUUGUGCAAUGUCCAGAAGGCGAGCUACAAGUUCGCAAGGAGGUUGUUCAUACGGUCAGUCUUCACGAGAUCGAUGUAAUCAAUUCUCGGACGCAGGGAUUCCUUGCGCUUUUUUCGGGCGAUACUGGUGAAAUUCGAAGUGAGGUGCGCGACCAGAUCAACACCAAAGUUGGAGAGUGGAAAGAGGAGGGGAAAGCCGACAUCAUUCCCGGCGUGCUAUUCAUUGACGAGGUGCACAUGUUGGACAUCGAGUGUUACUCCUACAUAAAUCGCGCAUUGGAGGCGGACCUGGCACCCAUUGUCAUUAUGGCAAGCAACAGAGGGAAUACUCGCAUUCGCGGAACGACGUACAACUCGCCUCAUGGCCUCCCUCUGGAUUUUCUCGACCGUGUGGUCAUCAUCAGCACCCAACCCUAUUCACCCGAAGAGAUCUCCCAGAUACUGGCUAUCCGUGCCCAGGAAGAGGAAGUCGAUCUCUCCGCUGAUGCACUUGCCCUCCUUACGAAAAUCGGUCAAGAGUCGGGUUUGAGAUAUGCCAGCAACAUCAUCACCACGUCCACAUUACUUGGUCAAAAACGCCGAGCCAAAGAAGUAAGCAUUGAAGACGUCCAGCGAAGCUACAGACUAUUCUAUGACCCGGCAAGAUCUAUCAAGCUCGUCAGCGACUUCGAAAAACAGUUCAUCAAUGAGAAUGGAGAGGUCAAUUUUGCUGUGAACGGUACUAAUGGAACUCAUGGUGAUGCAAUGGAUACUGCUUGA